CUCAUGUUACGUUGCGUUGCUCUUCUUGGUUUAUACUGAAUUAAGGCGUUGUUGCGGCCAUAUUGGAUCAAUAUUAAUAGUGAGUGUGUGAAGAAAAACGGAAAAUGGGUUCAUCAAGACGACGGGAUAGAUCUCGCGACCGCGAUAGAGACCGGGACAGAAGAGAUAGGAGGCGAAGUAGAUCCCGAGAUAGGGACAGGCACAGAGACAGGGACAGGGACAGAGACCGUGAUAGGGAUAGGCAUAGAGACAGAAGUCGAAGCCGUGAUAGGAGAAGGGAACGGGAAAAGACACCGCCAGAGCCUGAUGGUGAUAAAAUGAUAGCCGAUACCCUAGCUACUAUCGCAGCUACUAGAAAUUUUGCAAACUUGAUUUCUAAAGAAGGGGAUGGUAAUUCCAAUCAUUCUACAGGUAGCGGAGAUGACGAAAAGAAGAGAAAGAGAAGAUCCCGGUGGGGUGGGAGCGAACACGAGAAGAUUUUCAUUCCCGGCAUGCCUACGAUUUUACCUCCAAACUUGGACAAAGAUCAGGAACAAGCAUAUUUACUUCAACUGCAGAUAGAAGAAGUGAGCCGAAAACUCCGAUCGGGCGACCUCGGGAUUUCCCCCAAUCCGGAAGAAAGAUCUCCAUCGCCUGAGCCGAUUUACAGCAGCGACGGCAAGAGGUUGAACACUAGGGAGUUUCGUACAAGAAAAAGAUUGGAGGAAGAGAGACAUGCCCUGGUUCUUAAAAUGCAGUCAAUUAAUCCAGAGUUCAAACCUCCAUUGGAUUACAAACCCCCAGUGAUUCGCGUAAGCGACAAGGUGAUGAUACCUCAAGAGGAGCAUCCAGAGAUAAAUUUUGUGGGGCUUUUGAUUGGACCCAGAGGAAACACUUUGAAAACGAUGGAGAAGGAGACCGGGGCCAAAAUAAUUAUCCGCGGGAAGGGAUCGGUGAAGGAAGGUAAGGUCGGACGGAAAGACGGGCAGCCUUUGCCUGGUGAAGACGAACCGCUGCACGCCUACAUCACUGCUACAAAUCCUGAAUGUGUAAAAAAGGCAGUGGAAAGGAUAAAAGAAGUUAUUAGGCAAGGUGUUGAGGUGCCGGAGAAUCAGAACGAUUUGAGAAGGAUGCAGUUGAGAGAACUUGCACAACUCAACGGUACAUUGAGAGAAAACGACGGAAUGCGGUGCAAUAAUUGUGGAGCUACAGAUCAUAAAUCGUGGCUGUGUCCUGACAAACCAAACGUUACCAACAACAUCGUGUGCUCCAGUUGCGGAGCCGCAGGUCACAUUGCCCGUGAUUGUCGCUCCAAGAGACCCGGCCAAGGAGGUCCUCCACUACCGGGAGACAAAGCAAAGAUCGAUGAAGAAUACAUGUCACUUAUGGCGGAACUGGGAGAAGGACCACCGCCCGAACAACAAAAUGGGACUCCCAACACCUCACGCAAAACUAGUUUCAACAUUUUCGAGCCACAGAUGGCCCCAAGGCCUCUGAUGGCUCCACCACCGAUGGCUUCAAAUCCGAUGUCCAUGCCGAUGAAUGGAAUGCCACCACCGCCUUGGACGGGGCCUCCAAACAUGCCUUGGCCUCCUGGUCCUCCCGGAAUUAUGCCGCCUCCACCGCCGCCCGGUGCUUCCAGUCCGCCACAGAUGAUGCCGUGGACGGCACAGCCUCCUCCACCGGGUGCUUCAAAUGGGGCCAAUUUACCACCUCCCUCCAGUAUGCCCCCGUGGGGAGCCCCGCCUUUCAGCUGGCCUCCCAGUAACUGCCCCCCUCCCCCUCCUCCAGGGAUCGAUGUUAAUAGCCUCUUAACGGCACCCCCUCCUCCACCACCCUCUUAAUGUUCGUGUAAAUAUUUUGUAAGGUAUGGAAAAUAAAGUUUCCUUUUGGUAAUAUAAUUUGUAAGUUAAUUCUCAGCACUAGUAUGUCUAUUUGAUGUAACUGUAUCACAUUCAAUAUAUAUGAUUGAUCACUAA